CUUGAGAGAACUAACGUGAAGUCGUUCCUUCAUUACUAAAAUGAAGAAAGAACGAAUAAAAGAUUUCCUAUUGUUUUCUUAUUUAUUCGUUUCUAUGACAUGCAGUCCAGAAACCCCAAAUCCAUGUGAAGGUUCAUCAGAAUGCUGCUCUGGUUAUUUUCUUGACAACAAGACAAAAACUUGUGUUGGAUGUCCUGUUGGAUAUAUUGGACCCAAUUGCAAAUUGAAAUGUCCUUUUCCAACGUUUGGACAUUUUUGUCAAAGUAACUGUGAAUGUAAUAUCGAAAAAUGUCAUUUUACGACUGGGUGCAUCCAAAAUUUAUUGACAGAUAAUGAAGAAGCAGGAAACACAAUUUUCAUACGUGAAACCAAAUCUCAGUCCCACAAUUAUGUUCCAAAAGAGAAAGAGAACAGCGGAAAAUCAUCCAGUCCAAAUGAAAAUGACAUGAAGAAAAUGAUGGACGACGAUGAUAGCACAACGAACAAUGAGAAAAUUAGUACUGCCAUCAUUGUUCUAGUGGGCUUUUCAGGUUUUCUGGUUACAGUGUACAUAAUCACCCUGAUCUGUAACCGCGGGAAAAGUAGUUACAAACUGAAUAAUAAAGACGAUGUAUUUCUAAUCGAUGAGAGAGCUAUUUACGCCGAUUUUGAAAAUUAAAUUCAGAAUAAUUAUAUCAGGAUCAAACAUUUUUUUGUCUCUGUGGUUAAAAUAUUAUGCCGUACCAUUCAAACUAAUUUCUAGUCAUGUAGAAAUCAUCCGAUGUUUCAAAAACGAAUUUUUUAACGAAUAAUGCUCGAUGAUAGCAUCUAUGAAACAAUACAACAGGAUAUAACUAAAGUAGAUAUUCCAUCGUCGUGUAGAAAUAAGGAAGACAGAAUGGAAUAGAAUCCAAUUCCAGAAAAUCAAAUAUAUCUUACA